AUGAAACGGCUUUUGAUCACUCUUCUCCCGGCUCUUGUAGCUGCAGCAUUUCCCUCCCCUUCUGUCACAAUCGACGCUGGCACCAUCGAGGGCGGAAGAUGUGAUGGAAAAAAUGCAGUCUUUUAUAAAGCAAUCCCUUUUGCUGAGCCUCCGAUUCACGAGCUACGAUUCGAGCCUCCAAAGGCCUACAAGAAGCAAUUCCCUGAUGGCAAGCUGAAUGCAACCACCUCGGCCCUUACCUGUAUCCAAUUCUCGGAUGCCUUUACACCGACAAAGUUGAAUUCAACUGCGCUUUCAUCUGAAGACUGUCUUUACUUGGAUAUUUGGGCUCCAUCUAACGCUACCAAAGACUCCAAACUUCCAGUCAAAGUUUGGAUCUACGGUGGCUCACAGACAGAGGGCUCUAUCUCCGAUCCUCUAUACGAUGGCUGUAACACUGCAGACGGAGGCUCAAUUCUUGUCUCGGUCAACUACAGACUUGGCCCCCUUGGCUUCAUGGCCCUUGAAAGCGCCGGGAUCUAUGGUAACCAAGGAGUCCAAGAUCUCCUUCUUGGAUUGCAGUGGGUUCAAGAUAAUAUUGCGGCCUUUGGAGGUGAUCCGGACAAAGUUCUUCUCUUCGGUCAGUCAGCCGGUGCUGAGAACGCGUAUAUCAUUGCCUCUCUUCCUCAAGCACCGUCUUUGAUCAAUAGCGUCAUCUCGGAAUCAGGUGGUGGCAGGAGCCUAACCACAAACGCCACCCAGCAGAAAGUUGGCGCAUCAUAUGCAAACGCACUUCAAUGCAGCUCUAGUAAUGGAAUUGGUUAUUAUGGAAAUGAAGGCUCUCUCAGUGUUCUUAGUGAGGGAACUCAUAAUUUCUACCCCUAUGUGGACGGUAAAGUCAUCGACGAGGACCCCUACAACCGCGGCGUACAGGUCCCCGCAGUCUUUGGAUCCAACUACGACGAAGGUAUCAUUUACUCUUUGCUAUGGGCCAUCACCGGCAAGACGACUCCAACCAUAUCGAUAUACAAGGACUUUCUUCGCAAAAACUUUGGUGCAGCCGCCUCGCUCGUUGGAAAGUAUUACCAGCCAUCUUUCUUCGAAUCGGCGGCCAGCGCUCUUUUAGCCUCCGGUCAGGCUGCCGCCAUUGGCGGCAAUAAGACCACGAUUGAAAUUUUCUUGGCGAUGACAAAGGUCAUCACCGAUUCCACAUAUAGAUGCCCAGCAUGGUACGGUGCGGCACAAGCCACACGCAACAACAUCUCCGCAUGGACGUAUGAAUUCACUCACAAUUCUACUUGUACUUGGCUUUGGACAAUUUCCGAGGACGAGGUUUCCUAUAUCGGGGGAGCUCACACUUCUGAAAUACCAUUUGUGUUUGGCAAUUUGGACAAUUCGUAUCUUCCUAACGGAACUUGCAAUUCUACGUCCACUGAGUAUCAUCUCAGUGCGCAGAUGAUGGAUGCGUGGACUGCAAUGGCGGAGAAUGCGGAUCCGUCAACUGAAGAUAUAAGCUGGCCACAAUUCCAAAGUUCAAAGGAUCUUUCGACUCCUGGGAUGAUCUUUGGGAACUCGUCUGUCUCUGACUCAAUCAGUUACAAAUAUUGUGACAUGUGGAUUCAGGUCAACGAGAUACUGUCUGCGUCUAAUGCCACGGCUACGGGAACAUCGUCCAAGGGCAAUGGCAAUGCGACGUCCUCGUCGGCUUCAACUAUGGCUAACGGCGCAGCGACCAUGCUGUCAACAUCUGGGGGGCUUCUUGCUUUGAGUAUGCUGCUCCUAGUAGUGGCCGGAAAUUCAUAG